AAACAAUCAAAGAUUCACAAUUAUUAAUAUAAUAGGGUUUUGACAUAAAAUAAAUAUAGUACUAAACAUGACAAAAUUGUUAAAGUAUCCUAAACGCUUAACAUCUAAGCUUCAUCUUUUCAUUUCAUCUUGUCACAUCACCCAAAGUCGUAGAAACUGAAUGACAUCUCUCAUAUUCACCCUUGAUCUGCAUAUUAAAAAAAUAAAAUUAAUAAAUAAAUAAUCUAGUUAACAGAUAGGAACUGAAGAUUCAAAAUUGGCCGCCUCAGCAAUUCUGGAUGGUGAAUGUAGUGACCCAAACUACCAUUAUUUGAUCUUUUACCUUCAUACUCUACUUAAGUGUCCUAUAUGUAAAUGCAGUAGGGCCAGAACCAGAAUGAAAACCUAAUGAAGCUAAAUGAUACAAUAUUUUCCUUUCUAUCUAACCCUAACUUAUUGAGUGGAAAAAAGGCAGAGCUUAUAAAAAGUACUCUGUAUGUAUGGUGCAAAACAAAAACUAACACUUUAGUUAGAAGCCCCCAAUUGCACUAAAACCUAAGACUGAGCCGUUAAUUGUGUAUGUGACCUCUAUCCAAGAUCUUUAGCACAAAGAAAUAAACAAAACAAAAGCACGAACACAAAUUCUCAAAUUGAAGUCCACAUCAACCUCGCACAAAUGACAGAGAUCUUACUUAGACCGAGUGAGGUUGCCGCACCUGAUGCACUUAGGCUUAUUAAGCCCUCGGAGAUUCUUCGUUGAGUUAAUGUUAGAAGGGGAGGAGACUCCGGUGGCGGAGGGAUCCAUGAUGGAGUUGUUUAGGGAAGGAGAAGAUGCCUACCAAUGGCACUAUACCUACUGUACCUAAUGUGAUUGACCCUCCCAUUUAGACAAUAGAUAUUAAAAAUAUUGAGGGCCUGGAGGGCAUACACACUACCAUGCCUAUUAAGGAUGAAGAUAUAUGUGCUGCCACAACCUCUCUAACUAUUAACCAAUUUGGUCCCUUAACUAAACAUUUGGAUCCAGACAAUACUCCUCAUCAUGUUUGUUUAAAACCUGAAGCUGCUGCUGAUUCAUCCACCCUGAAAUAGCUAGGCAGCCAGUAUACAACUUCAAGGGUAACCACAUGGAAAACAACUCUAAGUGUUCACAUACAACUUCAAGGGUAACCACCCCUGAAAUAGCUGGGCAGCCACAUGCAACUCCAAGUGUUUAAACUCACAUCCCAUGAACAAAGAAUUGUUACAGAAAUAAAACGGGCAGUUACGUCAAAUGGAUUGACAUCAGACCAAUCAAACAUAUUUUGCAUGACAAAUAGUGCGGAAAACAAGGCCAUAAAAUGUACAAAGUGGCGAACUGUACAAAGUGAUUCACCACAAAAUGAGAGCAGCUAAUUAAGUGGGAAGCUAAUGAGAAGAAAAACAAAUGUAAAGGGGAUUAUGCCUAGCCACGACAUGCAAGUGUAGGCUAUUACUUUUUUAUGAAACAUGAUGGAUCAAUCACGUUUCUUCUUUUUGUGAUUGGGCCUGUUCAGUACGUAUUAUCUUUGGGAAAUUUAAAAAAGAGUUAAAUGACACUAAUAAUAAAUAUUUCAUAGAUGAAUCACUACCUUGUAUCAUUCAAGGGGCUAUGCUCCUUGGAAGUGAAAUGAACAUACUGAGAUGAAUUACCCGAUGCCAUGUAUACAAAACCUAGCUAGGUCGAUAAACAGUAAUGAUAUGCAUCUUAAAAUACAUAAAAAUGUACGAGAACUAUAUAUACCUCUGGACGUGUUAAAGAAGCCAAUCUUUCCUCUUAGGGUAAUGUUGCAUCCCACUCAUAUACCCCAGAUAGAUUCUGCACAACCUACCUUCAGGCCACAAAUACUCAGAGAAGUCAAAGUCUUAGUGUUCAAGAGCUAUGACUCAUUUCAGGUGGAAAUUAUUCCACCUAGAGUAACAAAAGAAGAAAAUAAUAUCCUCCUGCCCCAAUUUCCCACCAGGCAGAAUCCCCCCUGACCAUAUCAUCCUGUCCCAAUUAUACCUUAUGGCCACUAACUAGUACGUGUAAACACUGCAAUCAGCACUAACAGAUGAUAGAAGUCAAAAUAAGCUCAUUUUGGAGCGACUACUGUAGGAACAAUACUAUGAGGUGAUGAUAUAUAUUUCCCUCAAGAUUACACUGCUCAGUUUGAUGACAUUCUAGAAAACAUCCCAAACAUUAUUACCGAAGAAGAUAACUCAGUGUUUAAGGUCAUUCCUGAAUAUGAAUUAGUUAGGAAAGCUGUUUGGCAAAAUAAACUUCACACCAUUUUCUCCUUUGAAGGAAAAGAUGCGGCUCAGGAUAUUUCUCAUUUUUCUAAACAAAUUUCUUAAUUCUGGAUUCUUAAUGGCAUUUGGUACCCUAAGCCUAUAUAGAUGAGAAUGCUUGGGGAUAGAACUCAUAAUCUCAAUAAAGUCUUAACAGAUUCAAAUAGUUAAAAAUAAUCUCUUAUCAAAGUGGAGCCAUGAACCUUUUUUUAUUAUUUCAAAAUCAAAUGAAAAUAGCGAUACGCUCUAAAAAAAAGUCAAGGAUAAGCUUCCACUCUAGAAGCGGUAGCUUCCCGCCUCCUUCGGUGAGAAGUUCCCUUCCCUUUUCUAAAAUGACUGAUUGGUCUGCUCAGCAGAGGUACAAAGUGGACUGCAGUUUGGCUGACCCUCUUCUUCCCAUUGGGUUGGGUUGACCCAGAAGUAUAGUAAGAAGGAAUGGAACCACUGGAGAGUCGUCUGCAGUUCACACUUGGGCAAAAACGACUGACUUUUUGGAAGCGGAACACAAACCGAUUUACGCUAUUCCGGGUUCUUAUUGAGCGUAGCGAAAUCAAGGUUUAUGAUAAAGUAAGUGAAGUUUCAAGGGUGUUCUACCUUUGCGUAGUCUCGGUUCACAGUGGUUGGCUCCACACCUGAGCCUCGUUAGAUCAGCUGAAGUGUAAGCUAUAAGUGAAGAGAAUAAAAGAGAUGAAGUCCGUCACUUAGCCUAGUCUAUAUCCACAGCUGACGCAACUCCGUACUGAUGCCUCACUACUACAACAAACAAACACUUAAUGGCUAAGCGAUUUCAUAAGCUAAGCUUUCCUUAACCAGCUGACUCUCACAGUCCCACAACUUCUACAUGAUGGCCUAAUUUCAAAAGUAUGUUUUUGAGAUGCAGCAAGCAAAGCAGAGAAACCCCACCUCAAUUUUGACUACCAUGCCGGCUGCCACAUUAUGAAUUCUGUACAUCUCAAAACAAACCCUAACUAGACCUCCGUCAACUCGAAAACUCAAUUGAAGCAUCUCCAUCUCAACAAGUAAUAUGCAGCUUUCAUAGAAAUCACAGCAUUUAAACAAUUUGCACAGAUAUUUGACAGAAAAUAUGCAGAAACUCACUCUGCAUUUAAUAAAAAAUGAGUGAAUACUGAAAAACCAAACAUACAUUGAGCAACAACAAACAGAUAUGAGAUUUCUCUAUGUAAAAAUUCAAAAUGUUACUGAUACUUCCUUCAGAAUAGAGUUUAUGUUCAGCAAAUAUAAUAUACUCCUUAAGCUACGUUCAGCAAAUAUAAUAUACUCCUUAUGUUCAGCUAAUAUAAUAUACUCCUUAAGUUAUGUUCAGCAAAUAUAAUAUACUCCUUAAGUUAUGUUCAGCAAAUAUAAUAUACUCCUUAAGUUAUGUUCAGCAAAUAUAAUAUACUCCUUAAGUUAUGUUCAUCAAAUAUAAUAUACUCCUUAAGCUAUGUUCAGCAAAUAUAAUAUAGCUCUCAAUUCUGGAAACAACACAAGUAGCUUAUGCUAAAUCUCAUACUUUGUUUUUUAAUUACAAAGAGUAAUUAAAUUAAUAGAUUAAAAUCCCAAAACCACAUUCCCAACCCCAAUAACAGAAGGAUCAGUCCCAAACAGUGUAUUUCUAGUCUGCCAUUUAUGAAUUCCCUUCCAAACUUUAAGGGAAGAACAAUAGAAGAAGUAGAAUGAAGCAGCAACACACAUACAAGAUGUACACAGACAUUAACUCUUAUAGAUCAAAACAGAAUUUCUAAAACAAUUGAAAUUAAAACCAAAAUUUAACUAUGAAGAGUUAACAUCUGCAAUAAUCCAAAUUAAUAUUCUAAAACUUUAUGAUCGAAUUUAUACGAUUUUGAAAACCUAAAAAAAAUAAGAAUAAAAUACAUACCUGCUCUAAACUUGUAAGAGGUGUGUCGUCCUUCAAGAAGAAAGAGAAUCGAAGAAAAAGGAGGCGAUUGAAGAAGGAGGCGUUUGAGAAGAGAGGUUACAGAUAGAUGAGGCUGAAAUCGUGGAUGAAUUGAGGGAUUAUAAUCUGUAUUUA